AGCCGGCCCCGGCUGUCGCUCUGCUCCGCCCUGCUUCGCUCCGCAGGCCGGCGAUGAGGCCGCCGGCCGGGAGAGAAGGCGGCCGGCGCCGGCGGCGACUUGCCGCGGGUGCUGUGGCGGAGAGCAACGCGGACUGGAUGGGCUCGCUUCCGGCGGCGUUGCGCUCCUACCCGCUGUCCCACCUGGCCAUCCCGGGGUCACAUGACUCUUUCAGCUAUUGGGUUGAUGAGAAAUCUCCUGUGGGACCAGACCAAGCCACAGCCAUCAAACGUUUGGCCAGAAUUUCUUUGGUUAAAAAGAUAAUGAAGAAAUGGUCGGUGACUCAAAACCUGACUUUUAAAGAGCAGCUGGAAGGUGGGAUCCGAUAUUUUGAUCUUCGUGUAUCUUCCAAACCUGGGGAAAUAGGACAAGAUAUUUACUUCAUACACGGCUUGUUUGGUAUCAAAGUAUGGGAUGGACUGAAGGAGAUAAACAAUUUUCUUGAGCAGCACCCCAAGGAAGUAAUCUUCUUGGAUUUCAAUCACUUCUAUGCCAUGGAUGACAGCCAUCACUACUUCUUGAUCAACAGGAUUCGCUCAGCCUUUGGAUCGAAACUUUGUUCUGUUGAAUGUGUAGAGUAUGUGACGUUACAGUACAUGUGGGAGAAGAAACACCAGGUUCUCAUAUUCUACCACUACGAUUUGUAUGAGGAAUAUCCCUUCCUGUGGCCAGGAAACAAAAUGCCAGCACCAUGGGCUAAUACCACCAAUGUGCAUAAACUGUUACAGUUCCUGGAGACCACUCUUGAGGAACGAAGUCGUUAUGGGACUUUCCAUGUUUCUCAAGCAAUUCUCACACCUCGAGUGAAAACUAUUGCAAGGCAUCUAAUUCGUGGUCUGAAGAACACACUUGUUCAUAGGAACCUACCCAUGAUUUUAAAUUGGGUGAAAGCACAAAAACCAGGUGUUAUGGGUGUUAACAUAAUUACAUCAGACUUUGUGGAGCUGGUUGACUUUGCUGCUACAGUUAUUGCAUUAAACGACCUUCUUUUAGAAGAGGAUGAGUCUGCAACCACGUCCUGAUCGCUGUGUCCUACUUGAGCUGCUCAGUGGACAUCUUCAAACUACCCUAAUGUAUUAUUUAUUCAGUGAAACCUAUUGUUAUCUAUUUAUUUAAAAGUUUCCUAGAAGAAAUGUGGUCAAACAUGACAUACAGGUGAGUCCCUUCUCCCAGCAAUGUAUGGAUCCGAGUGGAGCAGCAAGUGCUGUGUGUCUGCCUGUGGCUAUAUGUUUAAGUUAUGCACACACAUCUGCUACAGUCAGGCUGGGUGUCUGCCUGACAAAGAGAGGCUGGCCUCCUCUGCAGCAGAUGUACUCCAUUAUGGUGCCCGUCUCCCUGGUGACUGGACUCACUGCCCUUGUGUGCAUCCUGUUGAUUUCUCAACACUAAGACUCAAGCCAAGGGUCACUGCUGAUCCCUUAGCAGCAGUGUGACCAGGCCAGAUGAGAUGGUAUUGUUCUUGGACCACCUCCGGUGUAGCUGGGCUCAGCUGGAGACUGCUGCUAUAUUUCUUAAGCUGUUUUAGACCCCUACCUCUGACUUACUUGAAGAAACAAUAUUGCUGCUCUUCAGGGGAAGCUGUUAAACUGUGGUGAAUAUCCAAACUGACUUUUGAGGCUGAGAGGUGAAGGCUUGGCAUCUUCUGCCUCUUUGGACUCCAAGCUGUUCUUCUGGACCUUUAAUACUUUAAUUGCAACCAUGUUUAUGUGUGUCUUUUCUGGCAUUAAUUUGAAGAGUAUUUCAGUCCUCAAGUUAUGAGGAUUGUAACUUGAAAGUCAGAAUUCCUAUGUUGAGAUGUUUGAGAAACCACAGUGCAGCCUUUCUUUUUAGCUUACUGGGCACUUGUCUUUGUCAUCCACUGAGUUUUCUCUGGGAAAGUCUCUCACCUAGAAGGCCUCACUCUGGAAGGAGGUGGGCUAAGUGUGAGUUGGCUUAGUAUUCAAAAAAAUCGAGCUGUCAGGGAUUGCUCAAAAAACAAAUAUUGAAUCUCAGAUUUGCAAUGUGACAGUGAAUUCUGAAAUCAGACCAAACAGUUGUGCUUGUCAGAGCCUCAGCUAUAGAGGAGAAACUUCCCCAGCCUGCACCUGCUUGUAACAAGCAUAGGCAGGUGUCAGUGCUGCUUCUUUCUGUAGUCAUACUCUUUUUAUGUUGAUUUGCAACAAAACAUGACUAUUUGUGCUUGAGCCAAUAGAGUCACAUGUUGGUAUUUAUCAGCACUUAAUUGACUAGCUGAUAGCAGUCCUACAGUCUGAUUUAUCUUUGAUUAAAAAAAUGAACACAAGUGAUUGAUUAGCAGAUACUUUUCUGCUCAGUUGUCUUCCUAAUGUAGUUUUUGGUGCACUAAUUAUUCAAUUAUUAUUAUUUUUAUUUCUCUAAGCUAUUUAUAACAGAACAGACUGUCUUUGCAGAUAUUUUGUUCAAAAGCAAAGCAAAUCUACUGAAUAUCCUACUAUUUAUUUUAUUGUAUCCCGAGCCUGCCAUUGUCAUGCUCUGGCAGCCCAGAAAAAUCCAAAACCUGUUUACUUCUCACAAACUUUGAACUUAGGACAAGUUUACCUAAAGGAUUGCAAACCUUAUGUGUGAAUCUUGGCCGAGUUCUGAGCAGACUGUAAUCUGAUUUAUCUGUUUGCAUGGUUUUCAUUAGAGUUCCGUGAAUUUUUGUAACUGAACUCUUUUUCUAAGGAAGUUGGAGUGGGGGCAGGUGAGGUGUCUGUCUUAAGCUGUUUUUUCCCUUUUCUUUAGUGUUUCAGUGAUGGGGGUAAGUGAUGAAAGUCAGCUUUUUGGAACUAAAGCUGAAAAUUCUAGUUUCCUUUGAAAACCCUAGCAGAAGGCUUUCAUUAUUUUCUAUGUAUUUUUUUCUUGUAAGUGAAACUGUUGAAACUUGUUUUGAAUGGAACUAUUUUGUUUGUCAAGUUAUUUAAAAAUACAUGGAUUUUCCUCAAUUGAAUCUUGUGUUAACUUACUUUUCUCAUGGCCCCAACUGAAACUCCAUGAUAGUGUUAAAUGUAUUUGUUUGAUUUCAGUGGUCUUUGUUACCUGCAAAUUGUCUUAGAGCUCAGAACUCGGGAAAACUUGGUUUGAAUGCUGAGGCAGAAAAUAGUAUGUUUGCAAGGUUUCCUGCAGAACUGGAGGACAAAGCAAAAAGGUGAAGUUGGUAUGAAAUUUGCAUUCAACCCUUAAUAUUUUGUACUGUAUAUAUCUACCUCAAAAGAGAUUUAUCGAGCUUAACUAAAAUUUGUACUGUGUGUGCAGAAUAAUGACUGUCGUUAGUUCUGAUGUAUUUAUUUGAAUAGAAAUGUGAUGAUUGUAACUCAGGGCUUCAGUUAGAUAUUUUGAAGUAUAAACUCAGAAGUUUCUUUUAACAUAUUUGCUGUUAUCUCUUGCCUCUUAAGGUAAAGACAUGCUAGGUGUUAAAAGAGUGUUAGCAGAGGGAGAAGAAAUGGAAAAAUAACUUUAGGUAGGGUUAAUGAAGUGUGUGUGUGUGGAAUAAACUGUUUCUGUAAGUUUGACCUAUCUAAAGAGCAUUGUGUCAUUUCAGAGCAGUGCUUGGUGUUACCUCUGAGAGGAACCAGACGGUCUCUGCAGUGAUCUGGGCAACUGGUAGAUACCCCAUUGCAGGCAAUUCUAUCUCCUGUGGGUACUCUGGGCAACAUGAGUUCUGAUGUUUAGAGCUGCUUUUAGGGUAGUCCUAAACAGCCCUGAGCAGUAUGAACUACCUUUCUUCUGUUACACAUUAUAGCCCACAACAAAACUACCGCUAUAAUAGGCUUAUCUCUCUGGCACAGCACCAUACCAUAUUCAGAUUCCCUCAGUUAGCAAAACAGAGCUCAUCUAGACUUGGACUUUGGGCUGUGGACUCAGUUUUCUUUCCAGCAUUGUAAAAAGGUGAGCUGCGCAGGAAGGGAGGAUCAAGGAAGUAGGGCAGUAGUUUGCAUUCAGUGCCCACUUGAAAGGUGUGUCAGCAUUUAGCUGAGUUUGAGGCAGCAGAGUGGAGCAAGUUCUACAGCUCUGUCUGAGAAACUCAGCUAAGAGUCUGUCCUCUGAGUGGACUGUGGCUGGCUAGAGUAUGGAGCACCUAACAGCCCUGCAAGGUCAUGUACAUAUAAGCUUGAGGAAAACAAAGAUUGCAUGAAUACAGGAGAAGGCCGAGAGUUUCUUGCUUUUGAUGUAGACCUGCAUCUGUUGAAUACAUGGAUUGUCUUGCUUCUGUCUUCCCCAAGCAGUAGGGUUCACUUUUAAGUAGUUUAGGUGGAAAAUGUCCUCAGAAGAAUUGUUCUGAGGACUAUUCUAUAGGUCCUGGGAGAUGAAAAGUCAGGAAACUUGUAGCUGCCUGAGGCCAAGUACUUACUUGAAUUGCAUAUUCUUGAAUAAUGACUCGUAUAGUUUGUUAUUAGAGAUUCAAGUUACUUAUACGUAGUUUUACGACUGUCAUUUCCUAAUGUGCACACUGAAUGCUGAGCACACUGGUGGUAUGCCUGUUCUCCUGGCACUGCUGGCAAGUGCAGUUCAGGGGCACACCUGAGGCACAGGAGACCUCUGUAUGUGUCCCUGAUAGGAAGCAGCAGGGAGAAGGAUGUUAGGUAGACUGUGAGGUUUUUUUAUUACUGUAUACCUGUAGGUGAAAACAGAGGAGUUACUAUUAGUUUUUGCAGUCUGACAAUCACUUGGCUCUUUACUUAGGAACUACUCUCCUGAUGUAUAGAGCUUGAGGACAGUGGGUUUGGGGUUUUCUUUGAGAAGAUAGAUUCCUGCCAUUGCAAUUUUAUCUCAAGAACUGAAGGGGUACUAACUUCCAUGAGCUUUGCUGUCUGUUAUGGAGAGGAUCCCACUGGAGACAGUAUUGGUAAGGCAAGUUUCAGGGGUGCUGUGGUCAGUGAGAGAUGUCAGACUGAGAGUCUUCUGAGCAGAAAUGCUGACUGCAAAAAGCCCCCUUUUCUGCCAAACAAAACCUUUGAAGGAGAAUAACAGGGAAAGGAUAUCCCUGCUCUUGACACAUUCUGUUUUCUGCUGUGUUAGUCCUGAUUUGAUAUGCUGGAGUUCAAAAAGUAGCAGUGCUGUAAAGAUGAACUUUUUUUGAGCAAGGGUUUUGGCUCAAGCAGAAGUAGGGCAUCUGCCAAGAUGCUCGUCUAUUGUUCUUAUCUGGCUAAACCUUUGGAAAUAUUUCCUUUGUGUACGUAUCUCAAGCAUCAGGGUUCAUUGGUGUAUCAUGUAGCAGACUGGGGUUUAGGACUGGUAUAGAUGGAGUGUGUGGCAGUUUGAUUUUAAAUCUGGUUACUCAUGGAAGUCUGAAAGAUAAUGUGUGAAUUGACAUUCACUUGAUUAUACAAUAUUCAACGCAGAGUCCAUGUGCAGUUGUUGUUAGUAAGCACAUUCUUAGGUCAGAGGACCACUGUUUGGAACAAAACUUCAGGCAAAGUGUCAGUGGUUGUUUAAGCACAGAGAAAUUGUCUAAUGUGAAGCAAAGAACUGACACAGAACUUAAUUCAAGGAUCAAAUCAGGUCGAGAUGUAGCCCUUUCAGUAUUGGAGAUGAUUUUUUUUUUUUUUCUCUGACAAAUUCUUAUCCCAGCUUUGGCUUUCACUCAACAGAUGGAUAGAAGAGCCAGAGCAUAUGCUGAAGAGUGAAUAAAUUUUAUGCUAAGGAUGUGUAUGUUGGGCUAACUGUGGUAAGAGUAUAGUGAUAUACUUAGUCACACCUCUCAGUGAUAAUCUUGUUAGCUGUUGGGUUUAGGUUAUUAAAUCAGUCUCUAAUUUGUAUUGAAAAGAUAUAGUCCCACUGAUUCAAUAUGUCUGUCUUGUUGAAGAAAUGUAUGUGCUUUCAGCGUACUUAUUUCUCUUACAAGUCCUAUCAACUAAACAAGCUUUAACUUUUAAUUGUAGGGACUGGAAUAAGAAUGUCAGCUUUAGAACUGUUUGUUGAAUCUGAUGAUGUUUUAUAUUCCUGAUUAUUUGUGUAUUUUUGCUGUUCAUUGAAGCAAGUACUUCUCUUACCCUUUGUUAGACCUGUGAUAACUACUUCUGUAUCUCCCUUUAACUGCAAUAUGUUCUAAAUUCUGGAAAAAAAAGAUCAGAUACUAUAUAAAAGUGAUCUGAUAGUUCUUUGAUUUUGCUUUGUCAAAUGUAUUUUGCAGUUGGAAUUUUUUUGAGCUAUUUAUACUAUGGAAGGGGGCAGAGGGAGCCAGGUGAAGAAGAGUUACCUAUUCUGACUUUAUAUGUUGUGCAAUUUCUCUUCUUUCUCUUGGCAGUUUGUGCUUUACCCAUCUGUUCAAUUCAGUUUUGUGAAACCAGGAUGCCUCAUUUGAACUGCAGAUAAACUUGGUUUAACAUCUGUUUCUGUUUUACUCUGCAUCUUUAUCAUUGGGGUUUUUAAUCCUGAAAAUAAAAGUACAACUUGUGAUAA